UCCAGCCUGCAGCAGGAGAGGAUGUAUAAGAUGCACCGGGGCCACGAGUCCAUGCACAUGGAGAUGAUCUUGAUCUUCCUCUGCGCCCUGGUCAUCGCCCAGAUAGUGCUGGUGCAGUGGAGACAGAGGCAUGGCCGGUCCUACAACCUGGUGACCCUGUUGCAGAUGUGGGUUGUCCCUUUGUAUUUCACGAUAAAACUUUACUGGUGGCGGUUUCUGUCUAUGUGGGGAAUGUUCUCGGUUAUUACCAGUUACAUCCUCUUCAGAGCUACCCGCAAACCCCUGUCAGGGAGAACACCACGAUUGGUCUACAAAUGGUUUCUUCUAAUCUACAAACUCAGCUAUGCAUUUGGUGUUGUGGGUUAUUUGGCUAUCAUGUUUACAAUGAGCGGAUUCAAUUUAUUUUUCAAAAUCACAGCUAGAGAUUCCAUGGAUUUUGGCAUUGUGUCCUUGUUCUAUGGCCUCUACUAUGGCGUAAUGGGGAGAGACUUCGCAGAGAUCUGCUCGGAUUACAUGGCUUCUACUAUAGGGUUCUACAGCAUCAGUGGGAUGCCCACAAGGAGCUUGUCAGAUAAUAUCUGCGCCGUCUGUGGGCAGAAGAUCAUUGUGGAGCUUGAUGAAGAAGGGCUCAUUGAAAACACCUACCAGCUUUCGUGCAAUCAUGUCUUUCAUGAAUUCUGCAUCCGAGGUUGGUGUAUUGUUGGUAAAAAGCAGACUUGCCCUUACUGCAAAGAGAAGGUUGAUUUGAAGAGGAUGAUCAGUAACCCCUGGGAGCGCACACACUUUUUGUAUGGACAGAUCCUGGAUUGGCUUCGUUAUUUGGUGGCCUGGCAACCCGUGGUGAUAGGAAUAGUUCAAGGCAUUAACUAUUCUCUAGGGCUGGAAUAGUACAGCUGCCCUACCCCAGAAGCAACGUACUGCAUGUUGAAAUACUUUUAAAUCCUUGAUCCUACAUUUAAUAUUGAUAUUCCUUUUUUAAUUUUAGAGAUGAUCCCAAGAGUUUAGAGAACUGAAUAAAAUGUGGUUUCCUACAUAAGCCAAUUGGUCUAUGUAUAAAGAAUUUAACGGGAAGCU